CCUCUCUUUCCUCCGCACUCGCGCGCAACCCAACCCCGCAAUAAGACCGACGCCUCACCCGCAUCUACCGCUACCUUAUCGCGUCACCUUAGCACGUUGCGGCGGCCGAGAGAGAUGGACGGCCGGCGGCUGGAGAUGCGGCGGACGAUGACGCUGUCCGAGCAGCUGUCCACGCCCGACCCGGCCAUCCGCGACUUCCUCAGGAUCCCCCACGACGACGCCGAUGCUAGCCCCCGCGAGGGUGGUAGCCCCGCGGCCGGGGACGCGGCGGGCGGUGGGAUGAUCAACUGGAAGCAGCUGCGCGACCGGCUCCGGAUCCGCCGCGCGGCAAGCGCCUGGCAGACGCCGUCGUCGCCCAAGGCCGGCGCUGCAGCGGGCCCCGCCGCGACGACGACGACGAACGGAGGCUCGGGAGGCCUGAGCAACAGCGGCGGCGGCAACAACCACAGCAACAAGUACAACUACUCCCCCGGCGAGGCGGCGGCGGCGUUCUCCCACACCUUUUCCCGCUCCCCUUCGCUCCGCACGACGCCCACCUUCUCGCGCGUCACCUCCACCCGUGUCGGCCCCACGCCCUCUCGCCCCAGCUCCAAACGCCCCGCGGCCUACGACUACCGCGACGAUGACAACGAGGAAGAGGAGGACGAGCAGGGCAAGGAGGAGGAGCCCGCGGCGCAGAUGUCCCUCAUGGCGCUGCUGGAACAGACGGACAGCCAGUGGGACGAGGACGAGGACGAGGACGAGGAUGCUGCUGGUGGCGGCAUGUGCAAGAACGGCGGCGGCCCCGAGGGCGACGAUGACGAAGACGACGGCGAUGGGAGGGAGGAGGAGAUGGUGCACGUGUGCUGCGUGUGCAUGGUAAGGCACAAGGGCGCGGCCUUCAUCCCCUGCGGCCACACCUUCUGCCGCCUCUGCUCCCGCGAGCUAUGGGUCAGCCGCGGCAACUGCCCCCUCUGCAACGGCUUCAUCCAGGAGAUCCUCGACAUAUUCUGACGGAUCGAGCUCACCGCCGCCGUCAAAUUUUCUUGGCCCUUCACGUACGUCCAUGGCAUCAUCACCAUCACCGCCGUGGUCGUCAUCAUCAUCUUCUUCUUCUUCUUAGACGAGGAAGUGAGCGGCCGAUGCGCCACUCCGGAAUCUGCGAAACUGAAACCCGUAGGUGAAUGACUUCCAUUGAUCGAUCAAAGCUGUUUAAGCUACAGGACAUCAAUGCUGGUGUUUGCUACUACAUACAAAUUUUAGGGAUGUGACUGUUCAAGUGUUUCAAUUCUGGAAUAAUAAAGAAUGAUAUGUAUGCCAUGUAUGUGUGUAUAUACGAUUUAGAGUGGUUAUUAGGUUGACUAAUCAGCACGAAUAACGUAUGAUUAUACCUGUUCCAGCACCUAAACAUCUAACCAUGUAGAGCAUGUUUUCCUGUCACCAUCUUAUGGCAAUAAAACUUAGUUCAUGGUCCAA